AUGAGUAAUAAAUUUGAAUAUCAUCUAUAAAAUCGAUUAAAUUUAGAUCCUCUUAGAGCAACAUGUCUGCGAUAUGCAAAGACUUUUUCUAAAGUGGAACAUUAAUUUUAAAAUAAAGUCUUCUUUUAGUUCGAUUCUGAGGGAGUUUUGUUAAAAGCUUUAGAUAGGAAUUCGCUUAAUAUCGCCUAAAAGUAGUUCAUGCAAUUGAGUAAAGUAAAUUAGAUAGAGAUAUUGACAUAUAAUGUAGACGAAGAAGAAUAUAAAUAAGUUAUCUAAAGAGAUAUUAAAAAUUCUAAUAAGUAUAGUAAAUGCUUCAUGUAGUUAAUCACAUAUGAGGCAUUCAAAAGUAUUGCAUAAUAAUUAAAAAAUUUUGGGUAUGAAGAACCGAUGAAGUUAUAUGAAAAAUAUAUGAAAUCUCAUCCAAAAUUUUCAUUUUUACUUUGUAAUGAAUAAUAAUUUACAAGUGUAAAGGCAGAUUUGCUCAAGCUUUUCAAGGGGAGAAGCCAUUCUUAAUCUGCAGCAAUGACAUAAAAUUAAUUUUCAUCAUCAAGCCAUUUAUCUACUUAAAGUCUAGGGGGCAAUUCUCAGUAAGCGAUAAACUAUGGGUCAAACAAAGAUUCUUUUAAUUAGUCAUAAAUUUAAUAAAAGAUUUUAUAAUGCGGAUUUAAUAGUAUAGCAAGCAAUGCCUAAAGCAGUGCAAUAUAAAAGUCAAAAAGCGAUAAUACAUAUUUAGCUGGCAGUAAAGGUGCUCUGUUGAAUUAGAAUAAGAAUAUGAAUGCGCAUUAGUAAUAAUAGAUUAAUUCUAGGCAAUAAGAUAAUAAGUAAUAAAAAAUCAAUAAGAUUAAUUUUAAUAGCUAAUAAAACCAAUAGGAUUAAUAUACUAAGGUAGAGUAUGUAAAAAAAGAAAAAAGUAACAAAUCACAAACAGACUUGUGUUAAAAUAAUAAUUAUAAAAUGAAUAAUAACAAAAAUAAAUUUGAUAGUAAUGAUUCAAUAAAUAACGAUAUUUAUACAUCAGAUGAAGAACGCAGUAAUAGCUGCAAUAGAUAGAACAAUAAAAAUAAUUAAAGAUUUAGAAAUAUGUAUUAAAAUAAUGAAAGAAAUAAUCGAGGAUAUCCUGUUUAGUCGCAGUCUCUCAAUCAUUAACAUAAUUAUAAUAAUUAAAAAUCAUAUUUCAUAAAAAGAGAUCUGCAAAGUUAUAGCAAGACAGGCACUGACACUACAACAACAGGAAGUCACCAUGAAUUAGAUGGAAAUGUAAAGAAGUAAUAGUAAAAUUAUUAUGAUUAUGAUGAUUAGGAUGAAUAUUAUGAAAAUAACUAUGACGAUUAGAAUGAAUUUAAUAAAAUAAAUGAUUCAACUGAUGUAUUAGAUACAAAUGCAGAAGAAAAUCAAGUUGAGUACCAUUUUUAGAAUGAAAUUUUUCAUAAAGUUUAUUAGAAAAGCAGGGGAAAUCACCAUAAAAAAAAUAUCUCAUCAAACUCAUCAGGAGUUUCUUCAAGGACUCCUUCACUUUCUAAUUCAGCUUAGAAUGAUUCACACAUCUCAGUUGAAUCUGAAGAUUCUAAUUAUUCAAUCAAGGAAUAUAUGUAUCCUGAAGAGGAGCAAGACUUACAAAAGUACUAAUUGAUGAAUCCUUAGGAGAAGACUUAAAAUUUUUAUAAUCUUUUUUAGUAAUAGAACAAAAUAUUGUAGGAAGAAGAUGAAAUUAAAAUUUAAAAUUAGAUUAAUUAGUACGAAAAAGUUAAUAGUGAGAGCACGGCCUGCUCCUCUUCAUCUUCAUCGUCUUCAUCUUCCUCUUCCCCAGCAACCUAAUCUCCUUAAUAACCAUAAUUAUAAUAAUAGUAAUCUUCCUCUCCUAAUACAAAUUAAAUAGUAAUAUUGGUUUCUAAAAAUUCGCCUCACUUAGAUGCAAAUUAAUCUAUGAAAUUUUAUAAAAAUAUGAACAAAAGCUCAAAAUAGUAAAUUAUAGAUUCAAAUAGUUGUAAUGAUUUUGAUGGAAGUAUAGCUAAGAUGCAAGAAAUAUAGGAAAUAAUUAGCAAAGGAAACUAAAUUAUUUUGCUUGAUCCUUUAGUAUAUUUGUGGCUUUUCAUUUCUGGAAGAAUAAAACCAGAAAAAGAAAUAAAAUUUAAAGUUUUUGAAGAGAAUAAAAAGAUCAUUGCCGUAGAAGGGAUAGAUCAAGAUUUAUUAAAGCAAGCAUGCUGCUUAUCAUACGAAAAUUUAUAAAGGAUAGCAACAAAUCAAAUAGAUUAACUUAAAUAAAAUGAAAGAUUUAUAGAAUUAAAAAAUAAAUUUGAAAUGCCUCAUUCUUCGGAAGGUAGCGAUACUGUAUAAAAUUUAUCUAAGUAAUCAAGCUAAGAAGAGGAGCAAGAUGAAGCUAAAAAAAUUCAUAAUAAAAUUAAGAGCAAAAGUAAAAGCUUAAUUAUGCCUGGAAAAAUUUUAGAGCUUAUUACAUUUGAGUAGUUCAAGGAGUAUUUUAAGAAAUUUAAAGUAAAACCCAUAAUAAAGAUGUGUACCGAAUAAUUUAAAUAAAUCAAUCCAAAAGACAAACAAAAAGGAUGCAUUUUGUUUUUAACUCCUUUCGCUCAGCAUCAGUCAAAGUAAACCAACGAAGAUAUUAUUAAAGAAAUUAGCUGCAAAAUAGAAUCAAUAUUUUGCCAGAUUGUUAAGUUACAGUUAUCUAAGCAGAUAGUAGAUUAGACAAAGCCAUACUACUAGUAUAGAUAAUUCGACAUAAAGGAUGUCAGAAAGGUAUCUUCUUUGAAUGACGCUGAAACAGCCUUCAUAUCAGAAUACAAAUAUCAGACUUAUUGCUUAAAGCAGUAUCUUAAAUUGAAUGAUAAAAAAUUAAAUAAAAUUAUUGCCAACUACCAUGAAUAGGCUGUAGCUGACAACCCAUAAUUUACUCAAACAUAUGCUAUAUCUGUAGUAGCAAAAGGCUCAGAUCAAAAGGAAAAAGAACUCUAUGUAUUAUCAGAGUUGAUGUACAUGAACUUAAAGAAUGCACUUGACGACAAAGUUUUUAAAAAUGAAAGUUAACAAGUUGAAGUUUGCAUUUAGUUAGUAAAUGCUCUCUUCAAUCUACAUUCAAAGAGCAUAGAUGAAUUCAAGUUAUUCCAUGGUAAUCUCAAACCAACAAAUGUGUUGUUUGACGAAAAUCUCUCUCUUUAUUUGUCUGAUGUUAACUUAGACCCUAUCGGUUGUCCUAACGUUUAAAAUUUUAAAUAAAGCUAAUCCUCUUCAACAUCUUUAACAUUCCCAAUCUAAAAUAUCUCUCAGAAUAUUAAUGAAAAAAUGAUGGGAUUACCUCAAAGCUCAUCAAGUAAUCUAAUUAGUAGCAUGAACAACAGUUUUAGCAGUGUUAACAAUACAACUAAUUAAAAUGGUGUCAACUAAAACUUUUACUGUGCUCCUGAAUUAUUCAAAAGUGACCAAAAAUUAAAUAAACCAUCUACUUAUUCUGAUAUAUGGAGUUUAGGCCUUUUGCUUUAUGAGAUCCUUCAAGGAGCAUCUCUGAAAAUUGACAAUAAGAAAAAAAUAAAAAAGUUGUAGUAUGAACACUUUUCAAAGAACUUUGUAGGAAUGAAGAACAUAAUCCAAAAAUGCCUUUCUAAAGAACCUCAGUAGCGCCCUUCUUGCGAAGAAAUUCUCAGUGAGUUGUUAGAUAUACAAAAAUCACUCAAUAACUAAAAAGAAAAGUGA